UGCCCUGUCUGCUUAAAUACCUGGCCAGCGGGAAGGGGCCGGAGGAAGCUCCAGCAGCAUCCCGUCUGGCCUCCUCGACACCCUCGCCGCGCAGCUCCAUACCUGGAAGUCAGCCUGGCAGGUCCACAGGCCGACCCAGGACCCACCUUUCCUCCUCCAAGAACCCCCCCAAGCCCGGGAUCGCUGCUCCAGCCCCUGCGGUCCGCGCUCGGCUAGCACCGCGCUCCGAGGCCGCUGCACCCCGCCGCGGCGAGCAUCCUCGCCGAGGUCCUCCCGGCGCCCUGGCCCCCUUCCACCCGCUCCAGCACACCCACUGGCCCUCUUAACCCCUCUCCUAGACCCGUCAACCCCCCAGGCCCCGCACCCGCCCUGAUCCAGUCGGAGCUUCUUGAGCGACCUUGCGGUUCUCACCGCCACGCACUUGCUCGCGCGCCGGGUCUCUCCGCAGCCAUGAGCUCCCCCAUCAGCAAGAGCUGCUCUCUUGCCGCCUUCCUGUGCCAGCUGCGCCGCCUGGGGCAGCCCCCCCGGCCGGUGACAUCCACGGCGUGCGCGCCCCCUCCGACGCGGGAGGUGCCGCUCUGCCCGCUGGUGGCACCCGGCGAGGCGCAGAGCGCAGCCACCCUGCCGGGCCCCACCAACUGGCCGCUGCUGGGCAGCCUGCUGGAGAUACUCUGGAAAGGCGGGCUCAAGACACAGCACCACACUCUGGCAGAGUACCACAAGAAGUAUGGCAAGAUUUUCCGCCUGAAGUUGGGUUCCUUCGACUCGGUGCACCUGGGCGCCCCGUGCCUGCUGGAAGCGCUGUAUCGCACCGAGAGCGCCUAUCCCCAGCGGCUGGAGAUCAAACCCUGGAAGGCCUAUCGCGACUAUCGCAAGGAGGGCUACGGGCUGCUGAUCCUGGAAGGAGAAGACUGGCAGAGGGUCCGCAGUGCCUUUCAAAAGAAACUAAUGAAACCAGUAGAAAUUAUGAAGCUGGACAACAAAAUCAAUGAGGUCUUGGCUGAUUUUGUGGAUAGAACAGAUGAGCUGUGUGAUGAGAGAGGCCACAUUGAAGACUUAUACAGUGAACUGAACAAAUGGUCAUUUGAAAGCAUCGGCCUUGUGCUCUAUGAGAAGAGAUUUGGGCUCCUUCAGAAGAAUGCAGGGGAGGAAGCUUUGGAUUUCAUCACAGCCAUCAAAACAAUGAUGGGCACAUUCGGGAGGAUGAUGGUCACCCCGGUGGAGCUGCACCAGAGCCUCAACACGAAGGUCUGGCAGACCCACACGCAGGCCUGGGACACCAUCUUCAAAUCAGUCAAAUCUUGCAUCAACAACCGCUUAGAGAAAUAUUCUGGGCAGCCCAGCACGGAUUUCCUUUGUGAUAUUUAUCACCAGAAUCAGCUGUCAAAGAAAGAGCUGUACGCGGCGGUCACCGAGCUGCAGCUGGCUGCCGUGGAAACGAUGGCAAACAGCUUAAUGUGGAUUCUCUACAAUUUAUCCCGUAAUCCUCAUGUGCAACACAAGCUUCUUAAGGAAAUUCAGAGCAUAUUGCCUGAGAAUCAGAUGCCACGGGCAGAGGAUUUGAGGAAUAUGCCAUAUUUAAGAGCCUGUCUGAAAGAAUCUAUGAGGCUUACCCCGAGUGUGCCAUUCACAACUCGGACUCUUGAUAAAGCAGUGGUUCUUGGUGAAUAUGCUUUACCCAAAGGAACAGUGUUGAUGCUAAAUACACAGGUGUUGGGAUCCAGUGAAGAAAAUUUUGAAGAUUCAAGUCAGUUUAGGCCUGAACGAUGGCUUCAGAAGAAGGGAAAGAUCAAUCCUUUUGCGCAUCUUCCCUUUGGCAUUGGGAAGAGAAUGUGCAUCGGGCGCCGGUUAGCCGAGCUCCACCUCCACUUGGCCCUUUGCUGGAUUGUCCGCAGAUACGACAUCGUGGCCACAGACAACGAGCCCGUGGGGAUGCUGCAUCUCGGCCUCCUGGUGCCCAGCCGGGAGCUCCCCAUCGCUUUCCAUCAGCGAUGAGGGGCCUCAGGUUUGUUUUUGGUUUCGUUUUUUACCAAGACCAAGAGCAGCAACUUUUACCCUCCUGCAAGAGUGGUUGGUGCUUAUAGAGUCUACGUUACUGGAAAGCCAACUUCAAAAAUGAGAGCAUGAAACGCACAUAAAGAACAUUUAAGUCGGGUGUUUAUAUCCUUCUUCAGGACACUUGUUCCAGAAGCUGCAUUGUCCAUAUAGCUGAUGGUAUUUAUUAAGACUGUCUGACUCAGGGAGGUGGCAUGUUGGAAUACAAGGCACCUUGCAGGGCAUGCCGCUGGCUUGCACUGACAUCCUGACUUAGAUAGACUUGCCCAUCGUCCUGUUUACUCUUGCCUCUUACGUGCCAGGUAGGGAAUCUGGGCAACUGGCAGUACAGUAAAGUCCCUAAAUGUUUCUGCUCCUGCCCUACCCAGUUCACUGCUGGAGUCUUUACUUCUCAAAACUAAGUUUAUAUUU